CCCCCCCAACCUCCCCAGCCACAACUUUCCAUAACGACACCGUUGGCCAUAGAAACCGCUAGACAACCAAUUUUCAUUGCACCACAUUUUACACACACACAUACACAAUACACACCUUUACUACUUCCUUCUCUACUACUUUCCAUUCAAUAGUCUCGGCCUGCAUUGCAACCUUCCAGCAGUGCUCGAUUGAGUUAAUUCCACAACACAACAACAAUUUGUUUGUCUGCGUCAAUUGAAGUUUCUCAUCUUGUUGCACCUCACGGAAAAGUGAGACCAACCCAGAUCGUCUUUCUCAAUAUCGACUUGGCUGGUUUUUUCCAGCAGAAUACCAGCCGAGUCUUAUGGUUCCACUACUUUCUCUUCCAUUCCAACUGUAAAUUAUCUACAUCACAUUCAACUACAUUUCACUCACCUAGCAAUCAAACAUGGCACCUUUGCUACCGAGCCUAGCGGCACACGCCCGCAACCUCCUCUCCUCGGCUCGCAGCGCCGCCCGCUCCACACCCACGGCCGCACUCUCGGAGCUCGGACCUCUGGCCGCUCGAUCCAUCCUCACGGCACGCGACGACAAUACCAACAGCGACGGCACGAAAGUGGACCCUCACAAGGGCGUCGUGAACCCGCACGACAUCAACAACACCUUCGUGUUCGUGGUGUUCGGCCUCAUCGGAGCCGCAUUCGUCUGCGCAGGCAUCUGGUUUUUCUUCUGGGCUAAGAACGGUGGUUUCCACUUUAAGGAGAACGACUGGGAUGACUACAAGUCGACGGUGCUGCGCCGCAAGGGCCCCAACGGUACCCUCCUGUCCGGCGCCACGGCCACCACCAAGCUCGGCGGCGGCAGCGUCUACAAGGAUGUUGAUGAUGGCGCCACCGAGUACACCGGCGGGCUAACCCAGAUGACGGGCCACACGGGCGACACGCAGAGCACGAUGACGGGUAUCACGGCAGGAGCAUCGGACAUCGCAGGACGCGAGCGGCGACGACAGAAGCGAGAGCGCAAGGAGCGCGAGCGCGAGAAGAAGAAGGACCGCAAGAACCGCGACAAGUCGGGCCGCCGUGUCGGCGAAGACGGCGUCCUAGUCGACGAGGACGCCGAGGCCGCCGCCAAAGACCAGCUCCGCGCCUACCGCCACGAGAAGGCCGCCCGCGUCGGCGGCAUCAACAAGCAGGCCGAGGGCAGUUCCUGGGACGGUAGCACCGCCCCCGACAACUCGACCAGCGCCGGCAGCGACCUCCUGAGCAACCGCCAGAGCACGCCGACCAACACGCCGACGAAGAAGGACCGAGAAGCCCGAGAGGCUAAGGAGAGCAAGAAGCACCACGCCCACGCUUCCGCCUCCGCCAGCAACAGCGCCAGCAACGCCAAGGCAGGCGGCAUCCGCAAAGUCUACAGCACCGCCGACCGCACCGCCACCCGCGAGAACGAGCGCCUGCGCGCCGAGGCCCGCCGCCAGAUGCAGCACCAGGACAGCAAGGGGCGCUCCUCCGGCGGCGGCAUCCGCCGCGACUUCAGCUUCCAGCGCGCCGCUGUUCCCCCCACCGCCAUCAGCGCCGUCACCUCCUCCUCGUCCGCGGUCCGCGAGAGCACCAUUCACGAGGAGGAGCAGCAGCACAUGGCAGGUGGGUGGGCCGAGAGCGAGAUUGGCUCCGGCACGGCGAGCGAGGUGGGCACGAAGGCGUAUCAUCAUGUUAUUCCGGGGUUGUCGCCUAGCACGUUGAGUGGGAGUGGAAGUGGAAAUGGGGGCGCGAGCAGUGUGGCGGGGACGACGGAUUAUCAGGAGGAGAAGAGGAAGAAGAGGGCGGCGGGGAAGAGCCGUCGUUAAGGGGCCCACGUAACGAGGGAUGAAUAGGAUAGGAGAAGAAAGGAUAAAGGGGAGGCGAACGUACAUAUGUGUGAUGUGAUGAUGCGAGGAGGGAAAGGGAAUGGGAAUGGGGAAACGAGAACUCCGUAUUGACUAAUGAUUUUUUUUUCUUGCGCUUUUUCCUUUUGAUUUUCCCAUUUCCCACUCCGUUCCUUUUCUUCAUGGGCUCAUGGAUAGGGAUGGGCAUGUUUUUAUCAUCAUCAACUACCGUUGUUACUGCUGCUGCUGCUGCUGCUGCUGCUUUACAACAUCUACGAAUGGAAUGGAACACGGAUGGGGGCGACGAGUGGUGAACGCGCUAUGAGGAAAGGGGA